UUUGCUCGUGCCGCUUACGAAAACCGAUGUGUACAAGAUGUGUUUUCUCUGUAUUUUACAGGUGCUGAAGCUGAUUUAUUCGUGGGUCAAGCAGGAGCCGGUCACCAUCGCCGCAGAGGAAUGCGAGGUGGCCCUCGCGACAGCGGUAGAUUGGUACAACUUCUGCCGGGAAGUUGCGGAGGUUUUCGUCUCCCAAAAUCAGGACAUCAAGUUAGGUGGUGAAGGAAUGCACGUCGAGAUCGAUGAGACCUUCACCAGGAGGCGAAAAUACAACCGCGGCCGCGUAGGUGUAGGCACACAAAUUACUAUAUUUGGUGCCUACUGUCGGGAAACGAGAGAGCUGAUGUACUGGCAUGUAAGUGGUAGCAAAACAUUAUUUCCUUUUUAUUUGUUGUUAUCGAGGAAGGUUCCCUGUCCGGCAGACAUUUGCACAUUUUACAGGAAUGGUGUUAUAUUUUGUCGUAUUAUUUCAGGUGGACAACAAAAGCAGAAGAGUUCUGUGGAGCCACAUGCUCAGAUACAUCGCUCCAAAAUCCAUCAUUGUUUCCGACAGCGCGGCCCAGUAUCGCGGUUGUACGGCUUUGGGCUUCUCGGGACAUAAGAUCGUCAAUCACAGCCGGCAGGGACCCGGGAGGUGAGAAGGAUUAAAGUGUGCUAUGUGUUAAUUGAAAGGUAUGAACGGGGUGAUGGAGACGCGACAUUUAUGUUUUUUCUGUGCAGAUUCGUCGACACGGAUGAUCCCGAGGCCCACACUCAGAACAUCGAGUGUAGAAAUCGCUGGCUGAAGAAGUCCAUAAAGUCGCUCCGCACGGACAGGAGCCUGCAAAGUUACGCCUGCACAUACGUGUACAGGACGCGGUUCCUGUCCCAGUCGCCAACAACAUCGGCGAAAUUCCGGCAGUUCAUCGGGGACAUCGUGGCCGUCUACCCGGGCCCCGGUCGCCAGGGUCUCCAACUCCAGACGAUCAGUGUGCCCGCGGAUGAACAUCUGCCGCCCGACGAGCCAUAUUUCGAUGUUUCCGUGCACGAGGGCGACGAAGAGGAACGGCAGGGGGAUGACGACCGC